AUUUAAACAUACUUCUUCUUUAACAAAAACGCCAUGGAAUGUUGCUCUCUCCUUUACCUAUUUCUCUCUAUUAUCUCUCUCCUCUUCGCCUUCAACCUCCGCACCCGCCCUACAAACUUACCCCCCAGUCCUCCGUCUCUCCCCAUCAUCGGCCACCUCCAUUAUAUCAAAAUCCCCCUCCACCGAACUUUACACAAACUCUCUGCAAAAUACGGACCAUUAAUCUCUCUCCGGUUUGGAUCUCGCCUCGUUGUGGUCGUCUCGUCAUUGCCAGCAGUGGAGGAGUGCUUCACUAAGAACGACAUCGUUUUAGCCAACCGUCCUCGGUUGCUAUUCGGAAAACACAUCGGCUACAACCACACUACGAUGGUAGGGUCACCUUACGGAGACCACUGGCGGAACCUCCGCCGAAUCGGAGCCAUCGAGAUCUUUUCAGCGUCUCGCCUCAAUAAAUUCGCAGGAACCCGGAAGGAUGAAGUGGAACGGUUACUGAAGAAGCUAUCGAGGAAUUCGAUGCAUGGAUACUCGAAAGUAGAGAUGCAAUCGUCGAUUUCGGAACUCACGUUUAACAUAUCGAUGAGAAUGGCGGCCGGAAAGAGGUAUUUCGGUGAUGAAGUGAGGGAUGUGGAGGAAGCGAGACAGUCGAGAGAGCUGAUUAAACAGAUUGUGUCGAUGGGAGGAGUAUCGAAUCCGGGAGAUUUCAUUCCGAUGAUGAAUUGGGUCCCGAAUGGAUAUAAGAGGAAGGUUUCGAGACUUGGGAAAAGGAUGGACAGGUUUUUGCAGGGAUUGAUUGAUGAACAUCGGAGCAAUAAGGAAGAGGAAAGGAACACAAUGAUCGAUCAUUUGCUAUCUCUGCAGGAAACGGAGCCUGAGUACUAUGGAGAUGAAAUAAUCAAAGGAAUUGUUCUGGUGUUACUACUAGCUGGAACAGACACAUCAGCUGUGACAAUUGAAUGGGCUUUAGCUCACUUGCUCAACAAUCCAGAGGUACUAAAAAAGGCUAGAGAAGAGUUGGACAAUCAAAUUGGAGAAAAACAACUAGCAGAAGAAUUAGACGUCUCUAAGUUACCAUAUCUUCAAGGAAUCAUUUAUGAGACUCUUCGAUUGAACCCAGCUGCUCCAAUGCUAGUGCCACAUCUAACAUCCAACAAUUGUACAAUCAGUGAGUACGAAAUACCACGUGAUACGAUUGUAUUGGUUAAUGCAUGGGCUAUCCACAGAGACCCUAGUCAAUGGGAAGAGCCCACAUUAUUCAAGCCAGAAAGACACCAAAACUUAGAAUCAAGUGACCAUCAUCAAAUCCCAAAGAUGAUUCCAUUUGGAGUCGGACGACGAGCUUGCCCCGGCUCCAGCAUGGCUCAACGAGUGGUGGGACUGACUCUAGCGACUCUGAUUCAAUGCUACGAGUGGGAGAGGAUUGGGGAAGAGAAAGUGGACAUGACGGAAGGAAGAGGCGUCACUAUGCCCAAGGUGGUGCCAUUGGAAGCUAUGUGCAAAGCUCGUCCUAUCGUCCACAACAUUUUUAACCCACCUCUUCAUCUUCACUCCCCAACUCCAAAUUUAAAUAUUACUUUUUUCAACAAAAACGCCAUGCAAAUUUACUCUCUCCUUUACCUAUUUCUCUCCCUUAUCUCUCUCCUCUUCGCUUUCAACCUCCGCACCCGCCGUACAAACUUACCCCCCAGUCCCCCGUCUCUCCCUAUCAUCGGCCACCUCCAUUACCUCAAAAUCCCCCAUCACCAAACUUUACACAAACUCUCUGCGCAAUACGGACCAGUAAUCUCUCUCUGGCUUGGAUCUCGCCUCGUUGUGGUCGUCUCCUCGUUGCCGGCAGUGGAGGAGUGUUUCACUAAGAACGACAUUGUUUUAGCCAACCGUCCUCGCUUGCUAGUCGGGAAACACAUCAGCUACAACUACACUACGAUGGUAUCGUCACCUUAUGGAGAUCACUGGCGGAACCUCCGCAGAAUCGGCGCGAUCGAGAUCUUUUCAGCGUCUCGCCUCAAUAAAUUCGCAGGAAGCCGGAAGGAUGAAGUGGAACGGUUACUGAAGAAGCUAUCGAGAAAUUCGAUGUAUGGAUUCUCGAAAGUAGAGAUGCAGUCGGCGAUUUCGGAACGGACGUUUAACAUAUCGAUGAGAAUGGCGGCAGGAAAGAGGUAUUUUGGUGAGGAGGUGAGGGAUGUGGAGGAAGCGAGACAGUCGAGAGAGCUGAUUAAACAGAUCGUGUCGAUGGGAGGAGUAUCGUAUCCGGGAGAUUUCAUUCCGAUGAUGAAUUGGAUCCCGAAUGGAUUUAAGAGGAAGGUUUGGAGAGUUGCGAAGAGGAUGGACGCGUUUCUGCAGGGAUUGAUUGAUGAACAUCGGAGCAAUAAGGAAGAAGAAAGGAACACGGUGAUCGGUCAUUUGCUAUCUCUGCAGGAAAUGGAGCCUGAGUACUAUGGAGAUGAAAUAAUCAAAGGAAUUGUUCUGUUACUACUAGCAGGAGUAGACACUUCAGCUGUGACAAUUGAAUGGAUUCUAGCUCAUUUGCUCAACAAUCCAGAUGUACUAAAAAAGGCUAGAGAAGAGAUAGACGCUCAAAUUGGAGAAAAACGACUUGUAGAAGAAUCGGAUAUCCCCAAGUUACCAUAUCUUCAAGGAAUCAUCUCUGAGACUCUUCGAUUGAACCCAACUGCUCCAAUGCUAGUGCCACAUCUAACCUCCCAUGAUUGUACAAUCAGCGGGUACAAAAUACCACGUGACACAAUUGUAUUGGUUAAUGCAUGGGCUAUCCAUAGAGACCCUAAUCAAUGGGAAGAACCCAUGCUAUUCAAACCGGAAAGACACCAAAAGUCAUCAGAAUCAAUUGAUCACCAUCAAAUCCCAAAGUUGAUUCCAUUUGGAGUCGGACGAAGAGCUUGCCCUGGCUCGGGCAUGGCUCAACGAGUGGUGGGAUUGACUCUAGCGGCUUUAAUUCAAUGCUACGAGUGGGAAAGGAUUGGUGAGGAGAAAGUGGACAUGGCAGAAGGAAGAGGGGCCACCAUGCCCAAGGUGUUGCCAUUGGAAGCUAUGUGCAAACCUCGCUCUAUCAUCCACAACAUUUUUAACUGAAAAAUGAUUGGAUUGUUUAAAGGUAUUGUUUAUAUUUAAUGUAUGGUUGUGUUUGUUGUAUUAUAGCAUUAAGUAAUUGAGAUUUAAUUUAAAUAUAUGGUUAUGAUAAUGAUAUUGCUGUUUUGAAUUAA